GGGUGGUGUAAAAUCAAGUGGCGCACAUAAAAGAGAGGUUGAAAAUAUGGAAGAAUUCUCUGGAUAAAUAACGGAGAGAAAAAAGCAACCUUCUUUAGCAGGACCAUCAUUUGCUUCUUCUUCUUCUUCUUCAAGUACAAAAGGUAAAGAAAGAACCUUCAUGAUGUCAAUUGUACCCAUCAUAUAUCCUAAUCUUUAUGAUGAUGUCGAUCUACCAAGGUUGAGUCCAAAUAAAUUUCAAGAUAGUUUCCAUUUUGUGAAUGGUAAAUUACCUUUAAUACGUAGAAAUCAUCGUGAUCAAAUCUAUAAUGCUAUAAUGAAAGCACUCAAUGAAGAAAAUAGUUCUAGAGGUCUACAUAUUUAUGGACCUUCCGGUUUGGGAAAGUCUUACAGCUUGUAUUAUCUUGUUUCAGAACUUCGUUUACAACAUGACUAUAGAGUAACGUGUAUUAAUAAUUGUGAAGGGUGGUGGUCAUCUCAUCAAAUUGAACCUUAUCAAUACCUAUUAAAUGAACUUUUAUGUACUUUCAACAAAGAUGAAUUAACCCCGCUUACCAUAACUGAUUGAGUUGAACUUGUAAUGUAUGAAUUAAAAAUAAUGUACAUUACAAGUUGUAUGAUGAAAGUUUAUUACAUAAUGCAAAGGUUAAUAGAAUCAUUGAACUCUUAAACAACCCGAGACAAAUACUAG